AUGAAGCUUAAGGAGUUCAAUGCUAAGUCAAUCAACCACCAUCUCCACCAUCCACACCACCAUGAAUGGUAUGUCAAUUCCAUAUCAAGAGAGAAGCUUGCUGAGUUCAAUCAGUUUGUCCAAACUCUUCCAGCCAGCAUGUCAUUCCAACAAGCUUGGCGCCACUACCCAUUCACCACCUUCUUCCACAACUGCAGAGAGACACCACAGGACAUCAAGGAGCUUUUUGAGAAAGCUAAAGUUCAACCUGAUUGUCGGUACUAA